AUGGACAACCAGAGGCACAUCAGCGUCUUGAAAGACAAACACCGACAGCACGAAAAUGAGACGCAGGGAGUCUCAACUCUCGCAUACUUGUCUGGAGCGACAGCCGAUCCUCCUUCGGCUGCCACUUCUCCCGGCGCGGAUCGCUUCGGAGAGCUUCAUAUUCGUACUGGAAGCUCCAGUUCAUCCGAGAAUGACAGUCCCAUCCACACCCCAGCAUCUGCGUCUUCAACUAAACACCAACCGGCUCCGGAACUCUCUGGUCUUUUGGCGGAGAGUUACAAUCAUGCGACAACGCAAAAGGCGCUAGAAGCUCCUAUUCCGACAGAGUCCGGUCAAACUCGAUCACAUAGAGCAUCUCAUGAUGCAGACGCACUGAGCAACGUCGCUCGCGGAAGUUUACACGACACCGACGGUAGUUCACCGGCACACUCUCAAUCUGCCGGUGUUAAACAAUCCAAUCAAGGCGACUUGCAGCCACAAGGUUUUCAGCAUGUUGUUGACGCGGAGAAACCUCGCCCGUCACUAUCAAGCUAUCGAGCAAAAUCAAAACCACCCUCUUGUGAAACAUACAGAUCCAGCGGCAUCUUUUUGCAGCCUGAGGCUCAUAUUAUCACUGAAGACCAGCUGAUUAACGAGGUCCGGGCUAUUUAUGCUGGCCUUGUCAUGGUCGAGAAAAAAUGCAUCGACAUUGAUAAGCAGCAAACUGAAAACCCCGACGAGUUGAAACACGUGCAAUGGCAAGCUCUCAUUGCACUCCACAGAACACUCUUACACGAACAUUAUGAUUUCUUUCUUGCCUCCAACCACCCUCUGGCGAGCACAGUGCUCAAGAAAUUGGCCGAGAAGUAUUCAAUGCCUUCUCGGAUGUGGCGAUAUGGUAUUCAUUCAUUUCUUGAAUUGCUGCGGAAAAGACUUCCUGGGUCUCUCGAACAUAUGCUCACGUUUAUUUACAUGGCGUAUUCUAUGAUGAGUUUGCUUUUAGAAAGCAUUCCUGCGUUUGAAGGAACGUGGAUUGAAUGCUUGGGUGAUCUAGCCCGCUAUAGAAUGGCUGUUGAAGAGGUAGAUAUGCGUGAUAGGGAUACAUGGAGCGCUGUUUCCAGAUAUUGGUAUGGUAGAGCAGCUGAUAAGACCCCUGAAGUUGGACGUCUUCAACAUCAUCAUGCUGUUUUGGCACGACCAAACUUGCUCCAGCAAUUAUUUUAUUAUUCCAAGGCUUUGACCAGCACUGAGCCAUUCACCAAUACACGAGAUAGUAUAUCACUAGUGUUUGGGCCUCUUUUAGACGCCAGCAGACCAGUGAAUCCAUCAAAUCCACCGGUUUUAGCAACAUUCGUUAAAGUGCAUGGGCUGUUUUUCACCCGGGGUGAAAUCGCCCAAUGUCUCUCAUUGGCCGACGAAUUUCUCAGUCAGCUUGAUGCUCAUAUUGAGUCUGCUGGGACGGUAUUCCGAGAACAGGCCGUUUAUAUCAUGUCUGCAAAUUAUGCUGCCAUAUUCGACUUUGGUCAUACAGACGCACGUCUUUUCCCAAUGUUUGAAAGCAAAUACCUUCAAAAACCAAAAUCCGAAAUCAUAGAUGCUGCUUGUCAGCAUUGGAAAACCCAGCCACGUGAAGAGAGUAUAACAAAGCUUCGAAGGGCUCCAAACAGCGCCGAAGUAAAAUUUGAGAGCAGCGACCAGACAGUCUCCUUUGCUUCUCAUCUAGCGUUUGUCACUUUGGAUGCCAUUCUUCAACGAGUGGGUGAUCGGAAAGUUUUACCAUCUGCUCAUCUUUCUUUAGCAUUCCUUUGGUGCACAGCUCUAGUCCCGAAAAGUAUGGAAUUUAUACAAGCAGACGUGCCCUGGAAGCGAAUUGCUACCUUUUUAAACUCGCUCAUCAAGCCGGAGACAGAUAUGACAAAAAUUUCCUGCGAGGAAUUCCCUGUACACGAGACAGGCUCUGCACGACAACUGCCAGAAGACUUUUUGAUUCGAGGUUUAGCAUGGAGCCAGCUUUAUUAUCCAGUAGACUUCUUCAAUGAAACAGCCGACUACGAGGAGCGGUCUAUUGAGCUUCCAUCGGCGAUUGUGCCACGGACGCGACGGUGCCUCUGGUUGGGUCUUCAGAUUGCCAAGGUGAAAUGCUGGAUUGAAUAUAAUCAACAAGAGCGUGCUUUUUGUGCGACUCGGUUUGCAGACGAGCUUUCCGAGGUAGCUGGACAGCAUCAGAUCCUAGGCGUCACGGCUGAGCAGAUAGAUGUAGAUAUAACGAUGGCUGACUGA